CAGUGCGCGUGGCAAAGAGAUUUUCCCUCCGACGGCAAUCAAGUUCCCUUUUCUUCUCAAGUUGUUAUCAGUCUCCCAAAAAUCCACGCUCUCUCACUUUACCAAUUUCCACACACAAAUCGGAGAUGGAGCCUUCGAUCACCACGACGCCGCCUUCGAUCACCAUCGUCGACCACGAGCUCCCCUACGACUCGCACAACACCUACGACGUCAUCUUCUUCGGCGACUCCGUCUUCACCACCGUCACCGCCGAUCCGACCAUCGCCUCACAGUGGAUCUCCGAGAUCGAUCGCGACGGCCAGCAGCACCUCAUCGUCGGCCUCGACGUCGAGUGGCGCCCGUCCUUCAACCGCCACGUCGCCAACCCCGCCGCCACGCUCCAGCUCUGCGUCGGCCUCCGCUGCCUCAUCUUCCAGCUCAUCCACAGCCCCUCCGUGCCGUCGCCGCUCGUCGAUUUCCUCGCAAACCCUAACCACACGUUCGUCGGGAUCGGAAUCGAGGCGGAUCUGGAGAAGCUGGAGGAGGACUACGAGUUCGGAUUCAACACCAACGCGGUGGAUCUGAGGGGGCUGGCAGCGGACAGGUACGGGCGGCGAGAUCUGAAAAACUCCGGCGUGAAGAGCCUGGCGGCGCUGGUGCUGGAGAAGGAGGUGGAUAAGCCGAAGCACGUCACGAUGAGCCGCUGGGACAACCAGUGGCUCACGCCGACGCAGGUGCGCUACGCGUGUGUUGAUGCGUUUGUGUGCUUUGAGAUCGGUAGGGUUUUGAAUGCCGCUUCUCCUUCCGCCGCCGCGCCGCCUUCAAUUUCAGCCUCGGUUUUAGAUUUUUGACGCUUUGAAAUUAUCGAUGAUAAUUAGUAGGGAUUUGGGAAAAAAAAAUCGGAUUUCGAUUUUCUGAAUAUAUGGUUUGCGUGAUUUUAGUGUGCAAAUUUGAACAGUUGCGAUUCA